AUGGAAGUACUAUCCUUGGAAGUUUAUGCUACUAGUACUUGGUAUGGAAAAAUGUUUCAAUUCAAUCAGAAAGGAAGGUUUAAAGAGAAGAUCUGUGGGCAGAAAACUAUGAUCACCUGUCUUGAUGAAAUCAAGAGAGCCUACAGAUGCAAAGCUCUUAAGUUCCAUCCCGAUGCUUGCCCUGAUCCAUCGAUAAAAGAAGAAUCCACGAGGCGAUUUAUUGAGCUAAGAAUUGCAUAUGAGACAUUAUCUGAUCCAAUUUUGCGUGAAAUGUAUGAUCAAGUGCUUAAUUUGGUUGAUUUACAGGGAAGAACAAGCCAUGGGAUGAAUUGUCGCAUGGGCAAGAGAAGAGGUGGUGGUGUUGAAGGGUUCCCCAGGGAGGUUUGGGAGAGGCAAAUCAUUAAACUGAAGAAGCGAUCAACGCAAAAAAUGGAGAAGAGAAAUAAAAUGGGAAUCUAA